UUAUGCUCUCGCUUCAGACUCCGGACAGAAGAGAUUGAGCGCGCUCGGACCCUACAAGCGGAGAUUUGCACACUACAGCGUUACUCUGCGCUGGACAUAUGCAAGAUAUUAUAACCGCAUUACUGAGUAUUUGUCGUGUUGUUUGUGCGCUUCAUUGUUUUGUAUAAACACAUUUGCUUCACGGGGAAAAGGCUGAGGCUGCGCAGCACAAGCGAGAUGAUGCUUGAAUCCAUUGAAGUUACAGAACGGCUCCAUUGGCCAGAGAUGGAAAUGUCUAAGAGUUGUGUCCUAAGCCCCAUGGAGAAGCCUGUGAGCCCCAGUCAGCUGCAUCUGGAGCGCAUAUCCUCUGGCGUUCUGAAGGACCUGUUUAACACAGCCACCAGCAGCUACAACACACUUCUGCAGAAAGAGUCAGAUGCUCAGGAGAGCACUAAACACUCCUCCAACAAGUGCCCCAAACGAGUCUCCACGGCAAGGCAUCGCGACAGACCCCUGCCGACCCUUGCACCUCUAACGAUGAGUGGCCUGGCUUUUGGUUGCAGAGACAGCAGGCACUCUCAGUCGGUGUUCUCGUGUUUCUCCACCAGCAGUUCCAAGCAAACUAACAGCAUCACCAUGCUGGGCAGUGCCAUCCGCCUGUCCCCCGGACCAAUCCCCAGGCCCAAAAACAGCUGCCCGGCCGGCACCAAACUCCCGCAGCUGUCCAGAGUGCUUCCUGCUGCUCGUGAUGUAGAGAACUCAAUCAAGAAGCUCUGCAUCCUCACUGCCAUAAAGCCGUCUAAUGUAGAGAAAGAGAAGGCCAGGUUUUUCAAAGCAGACUUUAAAUACAAUCCUCAGUUUGAGUACAGCAACCCUCUGCCUCCACAAGUACUAGCAAAGCACAGCACCGCUUCAGACCGCUUCCUCACACAGGCUGUGCGGAUCAUGGAGUUGGCCUUGCAGAAAUACGGCUCCUAUGAGAAGUUUGAACAGGCUACUGGAGGAAACCUCCUCACCAAGAGCCGUAUCUGGUACCAUGUCAAAAAAUACAUGGAGAAGGAAGGAUGCAUGGGAGAGAUUGUGGUUAAUCUCACUGAUGACCUCCUGUCCAGAGCGUCUAUGACUGUGGUGAACAGCAGACCUACACUCACCAUUAACAUCUCUACUGCCAGAGAGCAGUGGCUGGAGGGGAUGCUGAGGCAUGAAAUCGCUCCACUCCCUUGUGCUCUGUACUGUGGAUCGUGUCUCGGUCACCCCAGAAAAACCAGCCGUCUGUGUCGGCAACAGCUUGUGUUCCUUCUUCUGCACGACCCCAACACGCGAUGGGACUACUGCGUCAGAGCCAAACGAGGACAGACCGACACGGCACUGCCAGGUUGUUUCAGUAAGGACCAGGUUUAUCUAGAUGGCAUCCUGAAGAUCCUCAGACACAGAGACAAGAUUGACUUCCAGCUUCUCAUGGCUCUGGGAAAGGUGUCGUAUGAGGACGUGGAGCGCCUGAAGAGUCUGGCUCUGAUGGAGCAUGUGCGGAUUCCUCACUUCCUGCAGGACCAAGCGCGCUACACGGAGCAGCUUCAUAAAAUCAUGGAGGUCAACCAGUUAACUGAUGAGGAGCUGUGCAUACUUAUCUGAACAUGUGACCUCUGACCUCCAGCAUGAAUCUCACAAAGCCUGUCCAGGUCAUACAUUACCAUUCAUAAACAAAAACAUGUUCAGGUCAUAUUUCACUAAAACCUAAAGAAAGAAAGAUGAAAUUACU